CCAUCUUCACAAUGUCAAGCUAUUACCAUCUUCACAAUGUCAAGCUAUAACCAUCUUCACAAUGUCAUGCUAUUACCAUCUUCACAAUGUCAAGCUAUUACCAUCUUCACAAUGUCAAGCUAUUACCAUCUUCCCAAUGUCAAGCUAAAACCAUCUUCACAAUGUCAAGCUAUUACCAUCUUCCCAAUGUCAAGCUAUUACCAUCUUCCCAAUGUCAAGCUAUUACCAUCUUCACAAUGUCAAGUUAUUACCAUCUUCACAAUGUCAAGCUAUUACAAUCUUCACAAUGUCAAUCUAUUACCAUCUUCACAAUGUCAAGCUAUUACAAUCUUCACAAUGUCAAGCUAUUACAAACUUCAUCUUCACAAUGUCAAGCUAUUACCAUCUUCACAAUGUCAAGUUAUUACCAACUUUAUCUUCACAAUGUCAAUCUAUUACCAUCUUCACAAUGUCAAGCUAUAA